UGCUUUAAAUUCUUUCAGUGCAUGUUUAUCUUGUAUAGGUUCCGGUUUUAGCAAAUAGCAAAUGUAACAAAUUCAAAUGUUUUUAUAUAAGUGUACACAGCAAGACAGUAAACAUGUUAAAAUUUGUUCAUUAUUUAAGAAGAUAUCAAACAUUUUAUUUUAAGAGAUCACUGAGUAAUAAUUCAAAUGGCAUGAUACUUCGGACCUCUUAUCUUCCGCAGAAGUGUUCUAAUACCUUUAAGGUUAUUGGACUUAAGUAUUGCAAUGGAAAUGCACUGAAUGAGGCACAAAAGAAAAAAAAUGAACCAUUUUCUAAAAAACUGUUUAACCCAGUAAAAAAUGCUUUAGCCUCUGUUGGUAUAAUAAACAGUAAAUCUGUUCUGCAAAAGAGGCACUGCUUUCAUCCUGGUAUUUCAAAUUUGGAUCGAGAAGGAAUAGGUGUGAGAAAUUCGACUUCUAUUACCACGUCUCAAAUGAUUACAGCCAUGUUCUCUCACAUUUGGCCAAAGAAUGAAAAGGAUAUUAGAAAUAGAGUUAAAAUUGCAAUUUCUUUAUUAAUUGGAGCAAAAAUUUUAAAUGUUUCUGUUCCUUUUCUUUUUAAAUAUGGAAUUGAUUCGAUGAGCACCACUCAAAGUUUAGGGUCUUCUCCAGAAGCCAUAGCAGCUGUAGCUACUUCAAUCUUUGUCGGAUAUGGUAUUGCUCGUGCUGGUUCAGCAGGAUUUAAUGAAUUGAGAAAUGCAGUAUUUGCGAAAGUUGCUCAAAAUUCUAUUCAUAAAAUAGCAAAAAAUGUGUUUUUGCAUUUGCAUAAUCUUGAUUUAUCAUUCCACUUGUCUCGACGGACGGGUGCGCUAACCAAGACUAUAGACAGAGGAAGUCGGGGCAUUAAUUUCGUACUGACAGCAAUGGUAUUUAAUGUAGUUCCUACAGUUUUCGAAUUAGUUUUGGUCAGUACGAUUUUGGGACUAAAAUGUGGACCCGAAUAUGCAAGUAUAGCAUUAGGAUGCGUUCUUACUUAUGCAGUUUUCACACUUGCAGUUACGCGAUGGAGAACGAAAUUUCGAUUGAAUAUGAAUGAGGCAGAAAAUGAAGCUAGUAAUAAGGCCAUGGAUUCUCUCAUCAACUAUGAAACUGUAAAAUAUUUCAACAAUGAAAAAUAUGAAGCAGAAAGGUAUGACAUUUCUCUAAAGAAAUAUGAAUUUGCUUCAAUGAAGACAAGUACAAGUUUGGCCUUCCUAAAUUUUGGACAGCAAGCUAUAUUUAGUUCAGCUCUAAGCCUAAUUAUGGUAUUAACUGCAAAAGAUAUUUUAAAUGGAACUCUAACUGUCGGAGACUUGGUUAUGGUGAAUGGUUUGCUAUUUCAACUUUCGAUUCCACUAGGAUUUUUGGGUUCGGUGUAUCGAGAAGUAAGACAAGCUUUCAUUGACAUGAAGUCUAUGUUCCAUUUAAUGACAUUGGAUCCUAUUAUAAAGAAUAAGGCUUCAGUAGUUCCUUUUAAUAUUAGCCCUAAGAACGCUGAUAUUGUCUUUGAUAAAGUAAAGUAUCAAUAUGUCCCAGGAAAAACGAUAUUUGAUAAUAUGUCAUUCACAAUUCCUAGUGGAAAAAAGAUUGCAAUUGUUGGUGGUUCUGGAACAGGAAAGACUACAAUAGUGAGAUUACUGUAUAGGUUUUUUGAUCCAAAUAGUGGGAACAUUUAUAUUAAUGGCAAAAACAUUCAAGACAUUGAUGUGAACGAGCUUAGGCGAUCUAUUGCUAUUGUGCCACAGGAUUCUGUUUUAUUUCACGAUACGAUAUUCUACAACAUCCACUAUGGGAAUUUUUCAAUGACUGAAGCUGAUGUUUACGAUGCAGCAAAAAUGGCAAACUUACAUGAAAGUAUUUUAAAAUGGCCUAAAGGAUAUCAGACGCAAGUGGGUGAGCGAGGUUUAAAAUUGUCGGGUGGUGAAAAGCAACGAGUUGCAAUUGCAAGAGCGAUUUUAAAAAACAGUCCAAUAUUAAUAUUUGAUGAAGCUACAUCAUCUCUGGAUUCUAUUACGGAACAGAAUAUCCUCGAAGCUUUACGCAGAGCUACUACUGGAAGGACGUCUAUUGUUAUUGCACAUCGUCUGUCUACAGUUAUGGAUGCAGAUGAAAUCUUUGUUGUAAACAAUGGUGUUCUUAUGGAACGAGGGGAACACGCAGAUCUUCUCAAGAAUAAUUCUUAUUACAAUAAAUUGUGGACGACUCAAAAUAUUGGAGAGAAAAAACAAAUGUAAAUAUAUAAAAUGUUAAACACUGAUUAAUCAGAGCAAAUAAUUUAACAAAUUAACUACGCAAUUAAAUGUUAUUAUUAAUAUAUUGUUUCAUCAUA